AUGGUUGACCUGCCACCAAGCGGCUACCGGCGGUUACCCCCAGACAACUUGCUCAGCCUGGUGGUUGGACUGCUGGAGGAGCCCGCCGCAGAUCGGCCGGGGAUGCCGAGAGCCCGGGGUCAUCGGCGUGCUCAGGCCGCGAGACGCAGGCUGGCGCAGCCCCAGGACUGGAGUCCUGCACCUGCUGUUCCGGAGUUUGUGGCCCGGCGUGGCACAGGCUUUCGGCACCGUGUGCGGAGAUGGCCAACUUCUGUCCUGACUGGGAAGUCCCGCAAGUUGGUCACUCCUGCCCGGGAUCCGGAGAAGAAGAUGGUGUUCGUCGUUGGAGACUCGCACCUGAGGGCCAUGGUGGACGGGUAUGUAGCUGUGCCCGAGGGACCUCUGUGCUUCUCCUAUCUGUGUGUUCCAGGUGCAGUGGGCUCCCAGCUGAGGACGGAGCUCCUGCAUGCUGACCUGCCCUGGACCCCAGAUGCUGUGUGUGUGUGCGCCCCCAGCAACGACCUUGUGUCCCGGACUGUGGACAGUGCAGGUCUCGACUUCAGUGCUCUUCUGACCACGGCCUGCAGCUUCUGGCCCAAGGUGUUCGUGCUGGACUUCCCUCCACGCCUGAACAUUGAGCCUGGCCUUCAGGAGCUGCUGCGUCAGGAAUACCAUCGUGUCGCAGCACGUAUGGGUGUCCCGUACGUGUCUGUGGCAGAGCACUUUCCCCUGCACCGGUUGGAGCUGUGGUGCCCUGACCAGGUGCACUUGAGUGACUCGCAUGGGAUGGAGGUUUUGGUCCAGCUGCUGUGGGAGGCUGCUUUCCAGCAGCUGGUGCCUCCUCCAUCCCAGGCACCGGUGCGUCCCCCUGCGCCAAAGCGUGCCAGGGUUGCUCCCAGGCUGGUGGUGACGGGACACGUCCCCGUGCCCCGUCACAGGAACCCCUGGGAGUGGAGUGUGGUUGGACAGGGGGGCAAGGCUGCACGCCCGGCGGAGGGAUCCUCUGCGAUCCCUCCCAACCCGGUGUGGUUCAGGGGGCCCAUGUUGGACGCCAUGGAGAAGGUGUCCCCUUCUUCUGGCUCUGACGGCGGCCCUGCUCUCCCGCCAGCUGGCCAGACCUCCCGUGUGGUGCGUCGGCCAGCAGGUGUUGGCAGGAGGCACAGAGGGGGAAAGCAGAAGGUGUUGGCAACGCCUUCACCUGCUUGUGAGCCCAUGUCUGCUUCUUGCCCCAGCCCACCAGUCCCCCAGGUGGAAGCACCAACCCAGGAGGUGGUGGAGGAGGUGUUGCCCCCGACCGCAGGCCCGGUUCCAGCAGCGGUCGGGGAGGAGGUUCCUGCAGCGUGCCCUGCUGUGCCAACGGAGCGACGCCUCAUCCCCGAAGCUAAGUGUCCCGUUCUUGAGAGUUCCCAGUUUGAUGUCGACUUUGAGCGGGUCAGUGCUUCUGCAUCUAGCCAGGUUGGUUCGCUGGGUGUUCCUUGCAGGAAGGAGAAGGUAGUGGCUGAUGGGAACUGCUUCUUCAGAGCCAUCUCUCAGGCUGUGAGUGGCUCUCAGAAGCACCAUCUACAUUCAGCAGUCUAG